AAUGUUUCUUUUGCUGCAAUACAAAAAAAAAAAAAGAAAAAGAUGUAAUUUGGCGGCCUUCAUUUUUUUUUUUUUAAUCUUUACGGGACGGGUAUAUUGUUUCCGGGAACACUUUUUUUUUUUCUCUUGGUAUUUCACAAACAUUCUUCAAUUGGCUAGAGACUCUCAAGCCAUGAAAAAAAAAAAAGUUGUACGAUCCUGAAUUUUAGAUUUGCCACAGCUUCUUUUUUUUUCCAUUUCGAAUUUCAUAAAAAUGAACCUGUAAAACUUACAGCCUAAAUUUAACGUGCCAAAACUGUAUCUGCCCUGAAUUUAUCCGGUUCAAAAUUCACUCAAAACAAUGUUGUUCAUCUUCAAGAUUUGGCUGACAAUUUAAGCAGAAUUUGAGUGAUUACGUAAUUUCAUUUGUUAACAAAUUUUUGUAUAGGUCUGCAUGAAAUCCCCCCACACCCACAUUCUUUUCUUUUCUUUAUUUCUCAAAAAUGCUACCUCAUUUAUCACUGAUUCCCUUCUUACUUGGAACGUCUGGAUAUUUCGAGCUGCCUGACGGUAAAAACUAUUUCUUUUGGUUUUUCGAGUCAAGAUCAGAACCUGCUAAAGAUCCCUUAGCCCUGUGGCUUAACGGUGGUCCUGGCUGCUCUUCCAUGCUGGGUCUUUUUAUGGAAGUAGGACCUUGUCGCGUCAAUGCUAUAGGAGAUGGGCUUUUGAAUAACCCACAUUCAUGGACUAACAAGGCCAACAUGCUGUUUCUAGAUCAGCCGGUUAAUUCAGGAUUUUCGUACCAUAAUGGUUCCACUCCUAUUGCUGACAGUAACACAGCAUCUAAGGAGGUGUAUGUUUUUCUGCAAUUGUUUUUUAAAGAGUUUCCACAAUUUGCUGGGUCUGACUUUCAUAUUGCGGGUGAAUCAUACGCAGGCCAUUUUUUACCAGCUAUUGCAAACACAAUUUACAAAGAAAAUAUACGUACCCGUGGGCACAUCAUACCAUUAAAAAGUGUAAUCAUAGGCAAUGGAUUGACGGAUCCGCUUACACAGUAUCAAUAUUUUAAACGUAUGGCCUGCGAUAACCCUUUUUACGAUAACAUCAUUACAUCGUCUCAAAAGUGUCAACAGCUCGAAGAUCACCAGAAACAUUGUAAAAUUGCCAUUAGCAGCUGUUAUGAGCAAACAGAUUUCGCAUCUGAAAUAAUAACCCCUUCCUCUAUUGCUGCAUGCAAGAUGGCAGCAUCUAUUUGUAACAUAAAUGUUGUAAAAGCAGUUAUUGAUGAUACCAAGCAGAACAUCUACGAUAUCCGAAACAAAUGCGAAGACGGACCCAUGUGUUAUGAUUAUUUCUCUGCUGUCAGAAAAUACCUCAAUCUUCCUGAUGUUAAGCAUGCUUUAGGUGUCAAUCCGAACUUAACCUUUGAGCUAUGCAGUAACACCGUGAAUGGAAACUUUCAAAAUACAGGUGAUUGGAUGCGGCCUUAUGUCCACCAGUUAGCUGGUAUUUUAGAAAAUGGCAUUCGUGUUUUAGCAUUUGCUGGGGACACGGAUUUUAUGUGUAACUGGAUGGGAAUACGAGCAUGGACUAUGGAUUUAGCAUGGCAAGGACAAACAAGCUAUAAUAGCCA